AUCAGAGGGCGCGAGCGAGGUGCAUGUGACUGAGGCGCUGAGAAGAAGGUGGUGGCGGUCAGAGUGUGGGGAAUUUCCGACAAUAUGAGUUGCAGCGGGCUCUUGCGAAGGGCUGCGGCGGCGGCGAGUUCCUGCUGGGCUUCGGUGGCCUCGACCGCGAGCCCGCGCCGGCUGAGCACCAGUCAGAUGAGCCGAGCUUUCGCCAAGGAGCUCUUCCUGGGCAAAAUCGAGAAGAAACAAGUUUUCCCAUUUCCCGAAGUUAGCCAAGAUGAACUUAAUGAAAUCAAUCAGUUUGUGGGACUCAUAGAAAAAUUCUUCUCUGAAGAGGUGGACUCACGAAAAAUUGACCAGGAGGGAAAAAUCCCAAAGGAAACUUUAGAGAAACUGAAGAGCCUGGGGCUUUUUGGGAUGCAAGUCCCAGAAGAAUAUGGUGGCCUGGGCCUCUCCAACACCAUGUAUGCUCGGCUAGGGGAAAUUGUCAGCUUGGACGGGUCAAUUGCUGUGACCCUGGCAGCACAUCAGGCUAUCGGCCUCAAGGGGCUCAUUUUGGCCGGCACUGAGGAGCAGAAGUCCAAGUACCUACCCAAACUGGCAUCUGGGGAGCACAUUGCCGCCUUCUGCCUGACCGAGCCAGCCAGUGGGAGUGACGCUGCCUCCAUCCAGGCCAGGGCCGUAUUAAGUGAAGAUAAGAAGCACUACAUCCUCAGCGGCUCCAAGGUCUGGAUCACCAAUGGAGGACUGGCGAAUAUUUUUACUGUGUUUGCUAAGACCAAGGUUGUUGAUUCUGACAGCUUAGUAAAAGACAAAAUCACAGCAUUCAUAGUGGAGAGAGACUUUGGUGGAGUGAUUAAUGGGAAGCCUGAGGAUAAGUUAGGCAUCCGCGGCUCCAACACUUGUGAAGUCCAUUUUGAAAACACCAGGGUGCCAGUUGAAAAUGUUCUUGGAGAAGUCGGAGGCGGGUUUAAGGUGGCCAUGAAUAUCCUCAACAGCGGGAGGUUCAGCACGGGCAGCUUUGUGGCCGGGAUGCUCAAGAAAUUGAUCGAAAUGACUGCUGAAUAUGCCUGCACGAGGAAACAGUUCAACAGGAACCUCAGUGAAUUUGGAUUAAUUCAGGAAAAGUUUGCCCUAAUGGCUCAGAAAGCUUAUGUGAUGGAAAGUAUGGCCUAUCUCACUGCGGGGAUGCUGGACCAGCCAGGAUUUCCUGACUGCUCUAUCGAGGCUGCCAUAGUGAAGGUGUUCAGUUCAGAGGGCGCCUGGCAGUGCAUGAGUGAGGCACUGCAGAUCCUGGGGGGCACAGGCUACAUGAAGGGGUACCCGUAUGAGCGCAUGCUGCGUGACGCCUGUAUCCUGCUCAUCUUUGAGGGGACCAACGAGAUCCUACGGAUGUACAUCGCCCUGACAGGCCUGCAGUAUGCCGGCCGCAUCCUGACUGCCAGGAUCAAUAAGCUUAAACGGGGCAACAUGACCACUGUCCUUGAGACCAUCGGCUGCAGGCUUCGGGACUCCCUGGGUCGAACCGUGGACCUGGGGCUGACGGGAAAUCUCGGAGCUGUGCACCCCAGUGUUGCGGACAGUGCAAGAAAGCUUGAGGAGAAUGUUUAUUACUUUGGCCGCACUGUGGAGACAUUGCUGCUCCGCUUUGGCAAGACCAUCGUGGAGGAGCAGAUGGUCUUGAAGCGGGUGGCCAACAUCCUCAUCAACCUGUACGGCAUGACGGCUGUGCUGUCUCGGGCAAGCCGCUCCAUGCGAGCAGGACUCCGGAACCAUGACCAUGAGGUUCUGUUGGCCAACAUCUUCUGCGCGGAAGCUUAUUCCCAGAAUCUCUUCACCCUGUCUCAGCUGGACAAGUAUUCUCCAGAAAACCUAGAUGAACAGAUCAAGAAAGUGUCCCAGCAGGUCCUAGAGAGGCGAGCAUACAUCUGUGCCCACCCUCUGGACCAGAUAUCCUGAAGCACAGAUGGGUGCUCCCUGCUGCCGCCAGCCCCCAGGCCAUAGUCCCUUGCUAGACGACUCUCACUCUUUUCACAGAAAAUAAUAGAACUUGGAGCUACUUCAAAUUGAACCGUUUCUUUCCAGUCUCCACCUGAAGGUCCUUCUCCCAGCUGAGGAAGUCUCUUCUAGGCUUUGACCUAUGGGCAUUGCUGCCUGUGUGACCCCAUGUUCUGAACGGGGACAGACAGACUGGAAUUGCUGAGACCUGUGAUUUGAGGACAUGCUGCUAGUUAGGAGACUUCACCGUGGAAACUGGGGCCUGUGCUACCACCCCAUGGCAUGGGGCUAUGCAGACCUGGUUCAGGCAGGGAUAGCCAUUUCUCCUAGGCCACACAUUCUCCAAUAAACAGCUUGAAAGCUGUGCACAUGUUCAUUCAGACUAGAAGCAAAAUGCACUUCAAACAUGUACCAGGAACCACUGAACAAACAAUAAUAUUAAAUGGCACAGUUUGUGUUCACCUUUCAAGUG